CUCCAGCGUUGCAUCAUCUCCAGCUCGUGGCUGCUGUGAAAAAGGCUGGGCGCGGCGCGGUCCGCUCUGUGCCGGACUGCAACCCGCAAUCCACGCCUCUGUUAGCCCUUCCCGCACCUGCUACUCCGCCGAGACCGAAGACCCUAGGGCCGCCUCCCAGACUCUGCCCGGUGUAGCUGGUAGACGCCGCUAGCUCCGCCCGAUCCAUUCAUUGGGAGCCCGUCUUUACAGAGCUCAAGUUCCCUGUCUCCUCCAGCUUGGGGCACACGGCCGCGCCAUGGAGAAAAGCAGCGAGACCAACGGCUACCUCGACGGUGCCCAGACAGGGCCUGCAGCGGGGCCUGGCGCACCCGUUACCGCGGUGGGACGCUCGCGGCGUUGCUCUGGCUUCCUGCGGCGCCACGCGCAAGUGUUGCUGACAGUGUCGGGGGUGGUGGCGGGCGCCGGCCUGGGUGCCGCGCUACGCGAGUUAAACCUCACCCGCACACAGAUCACCUACCUGGCCUUCCCCGGAGAGAUGCUGCUCCGCAUGCUGCGCAUGAUCAUCCUGCCGCUGGUGGUCUGCAGCCUGGUGUCCGGCGCUGCUUCUCUGGACGCCAGCUCCUUGGGGCGUCUGGGCGGCAUAGCUGUUGCCUACUUUGGCCUCACAACGCUUAGUGCCUCAGCGCUUGCUGUCGCUUUGGCGUUCAUCAUCAAGCCAGGAUCCGGCGCGCAGACCCUUCAGUCCAGUGACCUGGGAUUGGAAGACGCUGGGCCUCCUCCGGUCCCCAAAGAGACGGUGGACUCUUUCCUUGACCUGGUCAGAAACCUAUUUCCUUCCAAUCUUGUGGUUGCAACAUUCCGUACGUACGCGACUGAUUAUAAAAUGGUGACUCACAACACCAGCUUUGGAAAUGUGACCCAUGAAAAGAUUCCCUAUGCCACUGAGAUUGAAGGAAUGAACAUUUUAGGAUUGGUUCUCUUUGCCCUGGUGUUAGGAGUGGCCCUAAAGAAACUAGGCUCCGAGGGAGAAGAGCUCAUCCGCUUCUUCAAUUCCUUCAAUGAGGCGACAAUGGUGCUGGUGUCGUGGAUUAUGUGGUAUGUACCUCUGGGCAUCAUGUUCCUGGUCGGAAGCAAGAUUGUGGAAAUGAAGGACAUUGUCGUGCUGGUGACCAGCCUUGGGAAAUACAUCUUCGCAUCUAUAUUAGGCCAUGUUAUUCAUGGAGGAAUUGUUCUGCCACUUGUUUAUUUUGUUCUCACACGAAAAAACCCAUUCAAAUUCCUUCUGGGCCUCCUCACACCAUUUGCAACAGCAUUUGCUACCUGCUCCAGUUCAGCAACCCUUCCGUCUAUGAUGAAGUGCAUCGAAGAAAAUAAUGGUGUAGACAAGAGGAUCAGCAGGUUUAUUCUCCCCAUCGGGGCCACUGUGAACAUGGAUGGAGCUGCCAUCUUCCAGUGUGUGGCCACAGUGUUCAUCGCCCAGCUCAACAACGUGGAGCUGAAUGCAGGACAGAUCUUCACAAUCCUAGUGACUGCCACCGCGUCCAGUGUUGGAGCAGCGGGCGUGCCAGCUGGAGGGGUCCUUACCAUCGCCAUUAUCCUGGAGGCCAUUGGGCUGCCCACCCAUGACCUCUCUCUGAUCCUGGCUGUGGACUGGAUUGUGGACCGGACCACCACCGUGGUGAACGUGGAAGGGGAUGCCCUGGGUGCGGGCAUCCUCCACCACCUGAAUCAGAAGGCCAUGAAGAAAGGGGAGCAGGAACUGAGCGAGGUGAAAGUGGAAGCUGUUGCCAACUCCAAGUCUGAGGAGGAGACAUCGCCUCUGGUGACACACCAGAACCCUGUAGGCCCUGUAGCCAGCGCCCCAGAACUGGAAUCCAAGGAGUCGGUUCUGUGAGGGAGCUGGGCCUUCACCCCGCCCUGCUCCCACCCUGUUUGACACAGUCACAGCCCUCAUGGACUUUUAAUUUCCAAGCAAUGCUUUGGCCUAGUCACUAGUUAGAGGAAUUACCUCAGCACAGGCGUUGGGCUCCCCAGUGAGAACGGGUUCCCAAGGACCAGGACACGGACAUUUGGCACCAGGACUCUGUUUGGAAACACCCCCUCAAGCCACCAGGCUUGGGAAGAUCGUGGGCUCUCGGGGGGCCUCUGGGUAAAGCCUGGAAAAAUGUGGAUGUAUUCUUCAUUGCCCCCGGUCAGCGGUCAUCAGAUGCUCUCUGGGCAAACCCAGGGCCUUUGUGGUCACCUGUCACGUUGCCUUAUGGACAGUAGUAAUUGGAAAAAUUCCCAAAUUCUUAACUUUGGCUGGAAUUUGCUGAGCUGCAACUCAGGUGUUUCAAGAGUUUAUGCUCCAACUAAGUGUGGGUGGCUUCUAGGGGACCCGAGGUACUGCUCAGUGUCAAGUUAGAAAUACUCCAAGUCGGGGCUGGGGAUGUAGCUCAGUGGUACAGUGCUUGCGUAGCAUGCAAAAGACCCUGGUUUCAAUUCCCAGUACCACAAAAAAAAAAAGAAAAGAAAAAUACUCUAGGUGGUGUUAGCACUGCUGGGGUGCCUGGUCAGUAUCACUAAGGAACUCUAAUUUCCAAGAUCAAAGAAAGGCAAGGGAGUACACCCUGGGGGUGAGGGUGGGGACCCUGCUAAGGACAGGGCAAACCCAUCUGCCCUGUUCCCAUCCCAGGCUGAGGUACCUUUCUGCUUCUGAGGCCUGAGCCUCUGACAAUACUUCAGCUUUAUCUCCAUCCACUCUGAUUUGACAAUGGGCCAGAGGGGCCUCUUUCUCUGGGGAGGUGAGAUGUGGUCAUCACAUUCACAAUCCGUGUUGGUUUAUUAAUCUAAUUUUAAUUUUUAACUAGACCCUAAAAUGUCACACGGCAGAAAAACAAAACAAAACUACAAAAACCACCUGCCCCCCACCAAUAAAUCCAUGCUCUAAUUGGGGUGGGAUGCCCCUACUCCCCGGUCCCCAAGCUUUGGCUGAUUUCCAUAGAUGAGGACUCCUUUCCUGCUGGCGCCUCAAAGUUUAAAAUUACCAGCAAAGUGGUCCACAUUCCUCCAGAUACUGUGCCCCAGUUUUAGUCCAGGGAAGGGUUCUCUUAGAAGAGAGGGUGUGGCUGGUUGGAGGGAAGACCUCAGUCUGCUCCUUUACCAUGGCUGUUGAUGUGACAAGUCCUGGGCCUCACUUUACCCCAUUUAUAAAAUGGGGCUAAUGUCACCUGCCUCUUAACCUACCUCAGAGGGAUCUGGUGAGGCGAAUGAAAUCUGUGAAAAUGACCAUUUCAUCAUUUUUGGGUUUUGGAGAGCAAAUGCUAACCCAUGUGGACUUCUUAUCUACCUAAGUGACAGCUUCCUUCUGUGGAGGCCACCUUCGGGUGGAGACAGUUCUCCUGAGCAGGAGAUCCUCUAUCCUGCCUCUGAUCUGUUCUCUGAGUCGUUAUUUGGUAACAUCCCGUGCAGCCUCUCCUGAGGUCCUUUAGGCUGGGAUGAAUUUACUCCCCACCUCCCACCACAUUUCUGGGUGCCUGUCUUCUGUGUGAUCCCCAUGCCCAGCCACUGUUUGGGCCACCUCCCCAAUACACACAUCAGGCCAUUAAAGUCCCCAAACGCUCAGUCUCGUUCACUCUUGGUUUCCCUGUUUGUGUCACCAGGUCUUACAGGUAACACAUCUUUAUGAUGCAUCUGCCAUUACCAUGAGAAAGACAGACAGAGAAAUACCCCUCCAUUUUAGAAUAGGGGGUCUGUGCCUGAGUGGAUGGGGUAGGGGGAAGCCAUGGGGCUCAGAGAUGACCUGCUCUGUAGGAAAGCCUGCUCUCUCGAAACCAGCUAAACCACUCCAGUAUCCUGUGAAUCCAGGAGUGACCAGGAACUGAGAAGAGGUACCUGGAAACUUCUAGCCUGUGGCUAGAGCUGGUUGCCAAUGCCUUCUGUUUUCAAAGGGGGUGGGGGGGGGACAAUUGCAUUGUGGGGUUCCAUACUGUAAAUGAAUAUCCACCACUUUACAGACUUCCGUGUACAAAUGUGUGCAGGUAUAUAUACUAGUAUGUAUAUAUACUGUGUGUGUGUGUGUGUGUGUGCGCGCAUUUGUGUAUGCAUGUGUACCUGUGUGUUAGUUUUAGCUCCAACCCAAGGUAGUUUGAAUUUGGAUAGAGAACUAACUUAAAAGUAUACGUCUUUGGCUUCCUGCUUUUCCAUUUCUAAAGAUGAAUCUUACAAAGUGCACAGGUUACGGUGAGGCCCAUUGGUUGAACACUCAUGUCCUAACGUAGCCCUGCCAUAAGGACAGUUCUGCUGCUGCCACCUGGAGAAGCCUGCUUCCAUGUGAUGGGCAGACGACCCUCCCCUUGGAGACUGGAAGAGAACAGAGAAGGGGCCAUGUCUCCUGUUUCUCAGUCUGCAGAGGCGUCAGUGGACCAGGGGUCACCGACCAGGGAAAAUCCCACUGUACCCUGUCUGAAAUGUCUCCCCCCACCACUCUCUUUCUAACAUGUCAUAAAAACUGUUCAUCUCUGUUUUGUAUGUGUGACACUUGCCUUAAAAGUAGCACAGUCCUCAAAAAUGAAUACAGCAUUUCUACUGGUGUCUGCGA